CCUUCUGGUAUUGAUUUUCAUUUCCUAAAUAGUUUAUUAUUAAGCACUUCCUGUUUUCAGAAUCUUUCAACACGUGCAAGAAAAUUAUCACUAUGUUUCCCUUAAUUUUGCAAUAAUUCUUCUUUUCUUCCAUUUUAUAAGAAAAUGAAGGCCAAAAAGAAGGUGAACAUUGAUGAUUCAGACAAUGACAACACAGCUGUGAAUCCCGGUCCAGAGACUGACCUUGACUUCUUCAGGAGGGUUCUUGAUACCAUUCCACCAGCAUCAUUUUUUUCUGAUGAUGCAAAAGACAGACUUCUCCAAGAGAGUGAGGAAAGUACAUCAGAGUCAGAUGAAAUAGAUGGUGAUGUCAGCAAAAAGAGGAAAAAGGAACAAAAACAGAAAGGAAACAAGAAAAAGAAACUUAAUCCUCUUCAAAGCAAAACUGUGUCUCAAAUCCAAUUUGAAUCUGAACCAGCAGAAGAAGAUGAACCAUAUAGCAAAAUAAAAGAGAAACAGAAACACAAGCAUAAGGGGAAAAACAAGAAAUCAGGGGGAGGAGGUGAGGGAACUCCAGACGUGAGCAAGGCAGCGAGGCUGGAUGUUCUCCAACAGAAGCUGCUGGAGAUGCAGAAACUUGGCAAGGAAAGGAGUUUAACUUCUAUAGAAGUGCAAGAACAGAAGAGGCUAAGAAGGAAAGAGAGCAAGUUAAAAUCCAAAGUGAAAAAGAAGAAGAAUAAAAACCCUGCAUUAAAAGCUGCUGGACAAGUAAAUGGUGAUGCUAUGGCUGGUUACAAAUCCCCAGAACGUCCAUCUGUAGUUGAUAAGGAAGGGAAACUUGUGUUCAGCAAAUUUGACUUUACGAAAAAUGAUGAAAAGGAGAAACCAAAAAACUCUUUACAUGGGAAAGACUUUAAAAGACUCUUAGAAAAAAUAGAGAAAAGAAAGUCAAAGAUAGAAAACUUGAAAGAGAAGGAUGCUGAAAAAGCAAAAAAACUGGAGCAGAGAAAUGCAUGGCAGAGUGUAAUGUUGAGAGCCGAGGGAGAGAAAGUGAAGGAUGACCCAGCUUUGCUGAAGAAAGCUCUGAAAAAGAAAGAAAAAAUGAGGGAGAAAAAGAAGGCAAAGUGGACUGAGAGACAGGACACUGUGAAUAAAAAGAUAGAGAAGAGGCAAGAGAAACGACAGAAAAAUAUCAAGGAACGUAAACAAACCAAGAAAGACAAGAAAAUUAAACAGGCUAAAAAGAAAGGCAGGAUGAUUCCAGGAUUUUAGCAUUUUAGUUUUUUAUGUGUAAGUGCUCUAUCUUUGAUUAUUUUUCUAAUGAAGAAAAAAAUUGUUACUUGAACGAAUGUUAAGGACCAGAGAGGCACACUUAAAUUGUCUAACAUGUACCGGUACAUUAAUUCAGAUGAAAUUGGUAUUUUUCACAAUUUUGUUUAUAUUUGAUUCUGAAGCGUAGAAAGAUAUACAGGUAUAUAGAGUGAAAAAUUUCUCGUUUGAUAUAUAUCACACAACACUUCAUCUGAUUGUUGAACAUGAUAUGUAAUACAUGUAUAUGUUUUUACAUGUACCAUACUUCUUAAGCUGUCAAAAUGAAUGAUUGUAUUACAUGAAUGUGUAUUUCUUUGUCUGAUCAGACUUGGUCAGAAAUAAUGUAUGUAAGAUAUACAAAAGUUGGCCAUGACCAAUGUUUCAGUUAUUUUAAUAAAACCACACUAUACUUGGUUAUUUUA